GUGGGCGGGGUUUAUUCUGGUCUGACAGAAACAGCUCCUGACCUUUGGGACUAACAGGGCGGGAGAGAAAGAGAGGAGCUGCAUAACGCACAUAUCGGAGCGUAAUGGCCUCGGAGUUCACUCAGGACGCGGUGCUGGUGUUCCUCCAGAGCCGCGGAGGCACGGUGAAAAACUCCGACUUGGUUUUGCACUUCAGAAACUUCAUUCGAGAUCAUGCGGACCAGGACCGAAACCGAGAGCUCUUCAAGAAGUUCGUCAACUCCGUGGCCACCGUCAAACAGCUGGACGGAGUGUCUCAUGUGAUCCUCAGGAAGAAGUUCAGAGGAUAUGUGUCAGGUAGCGGGGCUGAAGUGGGCUCCUCCGACCCUCCGUGGGUCCCGGUCGGGAAGGACGCCGAGACUGCCGCCUCUAACAAGCCGCGACAGAAACCGCAGCAGAAAGAAGCGACUGCACCCGCCCCGUCGGGAGAAACUGCAACGAAAACAAUCCUACCUGUAGCUGGCCUCGUCCAGACCAACAACAACAGCGUGCAGGAGAAUUUCAACCUGAGGCAGCAGCAGGUACACAGCACACCUGACCAGUUGAUACCACCGGUGACAGCGCAGUCAGUGAGUCACAGCCCACAGACACCACAGAUAAAGACACCCAGUCUGCCCACGCCUCCUGCCCUCGAUCAGGCUUCUAAAGUGGGGAAGGGGCAGCAGAGAGUGGGUUUUGGUCCACCUUCUGGUGUCACACCUGCACCUCCUCACAAAGCAACCAGCCCAGGGUCAGAGGCCCUCACAGGGCAGAGGCAGCCAGAAGCCGGUGUUCAUGCUCAGCGUGCCCCCCGACGGGCGAGAAACAGGCCGAGCUACAAAACUGCUGUGAGCCGAGAUGAUGAAGAGGAGAAAGAGGAGGAGGUCACAGUGACGAAGGGUUCAGCAGGAGGAACACAGCCCCUGAGCGCUCCGCUCAAUGCCCCGGUGAGGGUCACGCCUGCUCCUCCUUCAGGCCAGAGGAGUUACAGUCAGGGUACUGAGGGGCAAAUGCUCACCCCUCGGAGUCCAACUAGGGUCAUUCUGAACAACAGCAACUUUGACCUGAGACAGCAGCAGGCACACAGCGCACCUGACCAGUCUAUACGACCAGUGACAGCACAGGCGGUGAGUCACAUCCCACAGAAACCACAGCUGAAGACACCCAGUCUGCCUACACCUCCUGCCCCAGAACAGGCUUCUAAAGGGGGAGAGCUGAGAGGGGGUUUUGGUCCACUUCCUGGUGUCACACUUGCAUCUCCUCACAGAGAAACCAGCCCGGGCCCUGAGGUCCUUACAGGGAUGAGGCAGCCAGAGGAGGAUGUUCACGCUCAGCGUGCCCCCCGACGGGCAAGAAACAGGCCAAGCUACAAAACUGCUGUGAGCCAAGAUGAUGAAGAGAAGGACGAAGAGGAGGUCAUAGUGACGAAGGGUUCAGCAGCAGGAGCGCGGCCCCCUAGCGUUCCGCUCAGUGCCCCAGUGAGGGUCACGCCUGCUCCUCCCUCAGGCCAGAGGAGUUACAUUCAGGGUACUGAGAGGCAAAUGCUCACCCCUCGGAGUCCAACUAGGGUCAUUCCGAACAACAGCAACAUGGGGGUGAACUUUGACCUAAGACAGCAGCAGGUACACAGCACACCUGACCAGUCUAUACGACCAGUGACAGCACAGGCGGUGAGUCACAUCCCACAGAAACCACAGCUGAAGACACCCAGUCUGCCCACACCUCCUGCCCCGGAUCAGGCAUCUAAAGGGGGGGAGCUGAGAGUGGGUUUUGGUCCACUUCCUGGUGUCACACCUGCACCUCCUCACAGAGAAACCAGCCUGGGGUCAGAGGCCCUCAGAAGGGGGCCCCAGCCUCCAGAAGGUGGUCUUCAUCAGGAGCCUCCUGUGCAUCCACAGUGCACACAAAGGCGUUUGAAGCACAGACAGAGCUACAGAACUGCUGUGAGUUAUGAUGAAGAUGAUGUAGAGGAGGUCCCCAUGAGGCGAGGUUCAGGAGGAGGAGCGUGGCCACUGAAUGUGGCGCUCGGUGACACAGUGAGGGCCAUGUCUUCCUCAUCGCCGUGCAUCAUAGACACGCCUGCACCUUCAUCUGUCCCACAGAUUUACAUCCAGGGUGCUGAAGGGGAAAAGCUCAGCCCUCACCAUCCAGGUUUGAGGGGGCAAACUGCAGGCCCUAGGCUGGAACUGGGCGAGACCACCAGACGCAGCCUGCCUAUGGAGACGGCCCUCCACCACAACAUCCGGCAGGGCCACCAAUACUCACCACUCACAAGGGAACCCAAACCGGAGACCAAUCAGAGCCACGGACUAUUGAUGUCGUCCAGCAACAGCAGCAACUACUUGCCCUCAUCCGCUGGCGGCUUCCACAGCACCAAGUGGCCGCCGUCUAACUCCACCAGAGCAUUGGGAUGGACCAGCAGCUCCUCAGAUCUGCAGAUCAGAGCAGGUGUGCCUGUAGGCGUGCCCAGAAUCCAGGAAACUGUCAAACGAACCAAAGAGAGUAUGCCGGACUCCAUGAUGAGUCGUGCUGACACUAAAACAGUGCCUUGGCAUCGCUCCACCGGUCAGCUCUAUGAUGAGCAGGAGCCCUCAGCUCGUUCGUCACCGCUGCAUCGCUCCACUGACCAGCUCAACGAGAACCAAUGCUCUCUGGGCCGAGUGCCGCCGUUUUAUCUUUCCACAGGUGAUCUCUGUGAUCGUGAAGACGCAGCGUCAAGCGAUGGCUCCGUCUCCUCACCUUGCCUGCGGCAGCGCCCAGGGGCCACCAACCGGAUGAGCACAAAACAAAGGAUGUCCCUCAGCAUGGGAGCCGACCUGGACCAGAUUCUUCAGGGGGAGGCAAGGGAAGGAAGAGGAACCGAGGAGGCUCGGAGGAGUCGCCUCCACCGGAUUUCUUCCUCGCUCAGCCUCCGCCACAAUCUGUCGUGUUCCUCAUUAUCAUCCUGUUCCACGCCGCCCCGAAGCCACAGCCUCGCCAGUCUGGACGAGCCAAAAGGAGAAAAGAUGAAUCUGUCUACAGAAGCCUCACCCUCCUCCAACCACCGUGACAACCACGGUCGACAAUCGCUGGUUCCUUUGGAGCCGAGGGAACAUAUCUGGCUGGUUAAGGCGGCGGCGGGCAACUGGCCGGAAAUCUACACCCUCUUCAGAGAGGAACCGUCCCUCCUCAACAAAAAAGACUUCAUCUCAGGCUUCACUGUGCUGCACUGGGUUGCCAAACACGGCGACCACAGAGUCCUCAACACUCUAGGGUAUGGAAUUGAAAAGCUCUCUCUUACCUUCGAUGUAAACGCCAGGUCUAACAGCGGUCACACACCUCUCCACAUCGCUGUCAUGCACGGUCACAAAAACAUAAUUCGGUUGCUAAUCAAGAAGUUCCAAGCUAAUGUGAAGCAGAGAGACAUGGCAGGUAAGAGACCUUGGCAGUACCUGAGCCUCGACGCGCCGCUGGAAAUGUUCCACUUGCUCGCAGCGCCGAUGCAGGACGUUAUGACAGGAAAGAAAGGUGUCGAGAAGGCAAACACCAGCUGGGAGGAGCAGCAGAAGCAAAGCCGCCGCCUGCGUCACCAUGCCUCCUCAGCUUCAGGAGAGAGCCCGCUGACUAUUGCGAGUAGAACGAAGGUGAAACGGUCAACUUCACUUGCUGCGUUUCUUAAACACAAAUCGUUAAUACGAUUUCAAGGACAUCAGGUGGACUCCUCAGCUUAAACUUCAGGAUUAAGCUUGUUUCAAGAGUCUUGCAACAUGGACUAGUCAGAACAGCUAGCUGGUUCCCGGGUCUUAAAAACUACCAAGACGGAGAUUAAGAAGUGGCUAACGGUUUGUCACACUUGUUCCUUUGUCAUAUGCUCGGGCACCAGCAGUGAUUCGCAUACAGUAGCAAAAAAUAUUUUCUUUCCCGAAACCAGCAAAAACUGCCAGAAACUAUUAAAAGAACAAGCCAUGAUGAUUAGGCCACUGCAUAAUUCACUUUAACCUUGCAGUGUUCACAGUAGCAGUCACUGUUACCACCUUAUUAAUUAUCUAGCUAUUUAACACAGAAACAAGUAUUAAAUAGUUACAUUGUUUCCAUUAGUGGAAUGUUGAAAAUUAGCAUUCCCCAACUGGUUUAAAGUGUUUGCUGGAAGCUGCUGGUAGUCACUGAGAAAAUAUUUGCUAAAGCCCCAGCAACACAGGCCUACAGACCCCCAUUUCUCAAAAUAUGUAUUUUCUGACCAGUUGGCAACCUCUUUGUGAUUGUUUUGGUUGCUAGUAUAUUUCUCGACAUGAAGGACUCGUCUACAAACGCUGUCCAGCUACUUUUGGAGCUGUAGUGAAGCUGAAAAGAGCAACGCAUAGUGGAAAGAGGGACCAUUUGCCUGCAAAGUAGAAGUUGCACCUUCUGAAGCAUGUCGGUUGCAGCUCUUGAGGGAAACCUCAUCCAUUUCUGGCUUGCAACACAGUUUCUUGAGUUGUAUUAUUACUCGGCUAGUAGUUAGUGACCAUUUGCAGGCAAUCAUGAAAAACUAAAGGCAAUAUGCCAGCAACCAAAGCAAACAUCAGGUGGUUUUUAGUGUACAAUCUUGAGGAAUGUCUGCAUGACAUCAUGUGAAAACACCUCAAUACCUGCCUGGGGAACGGUUAAGCCUCUUGUGGGAAAAAAAUUCAUAAAACUCAACACACCCUCUGGUGGUAGUGCUGGUACUUCCGAAACAUGCCUUUUUAAGAAUGACCUUGUUUUACAGAAAGGGCAGUGGCAUACUAAUAAUCGCCCUUUCUUUCAGUGAAACUGAAAAUAUGCAACAGGAUAAACAGGAUUUCUUCACAGUGGAUGUAUAGAACUGCACAUUUUCAGGGUAUGUAGGACUUGACUCCCUCCUCUCUCCUCUGUAAAUACCUUUCUGAACUAUAAAACCAUAUAAACAGAUAAAUCAGCUCUUUCAACAGCAGCUGUGAGCUUUGGUUUUAAAGCCUCAUUUGUAGGUCCUUUUCUGCUGUUGAUUGACUGUCAGAAGCCUCUCUAACUGGAUAAAUCUGCCAUAUAUUAUUUCACCACUUCUUAUUAUAACAAAAGAGAGAUUAGUUUUUUGAAGGCCAAAACCUUGAGCUCAGGUGAAACAACUGCAAUAAAGAGAAUCAUGAGUUUCCAUGGCGGACUUUGAAUGCCCAACAAGAGAUUGUAUCACAAAGAAGCUGAAAUAUGAUCUAAAGAAUGCAAUGGUUUAAGCGGGGAUCUGAUCUGCGAGCGCUUGACUGGUUUUCAGCAUGACUUUCUUAUCUUGCUGUUGUGACAGGAGAACAUACAAGGUGUACUUUUACAAGCCACAGGCUAACAGGAGAGCCAGUUCGUUUCAGCCGUGAUUCAUUUACUGAUACUCAUUUGGAGUUUGGAGUACACACCGCUGCUUUGUUAAUGUCUGUUUUACAUUCCUCCUGCUGUUUACAAACCAUCCAUCAGUUUGUUCAGUGAUUUUCCCCCCCCCUUUCUUUUAGCCAGUAUUUAGUUUGACUUCAUAAAGAGAUUAUAGACAAAUCAAGAAUUAAAGUCACUCAGAAAACAACUUGUGAAUUAGAUUGGCACAAGUUAACUGCCUCCUGGGGAGUAUGCAUUUGUGUUAUUGAUAUGAAUCCAUAAUAAUGUUUAACAAAAAAUAAGCACAUAUACCAAAAUUUCAAAUUCUUCCUUUAGCUUACAACUUUGUCUGUAUUUUCCGAGUGCCAAUAAUCUACACAUUUAAUUAACAUUUGCAUUAUUUUUUCCACCUUUUUAAUUUGAGUGUUGUUUUCAUGUUAUGUUGUUGUCAACAUCUGCAGUUUGGUUUUCAGUGGUUGCCAAUUUUGACUGGUGACCAUUGGCUUGACGUAGCUACUGGUAGUCAAUUUCAAUUAAAUGUCACUUGUUGUCAAUUAAUUUUGGCUGCUAAUCUAACAUGACCACUGGCUUGAGGUGGCUCAGGCUAUUUAAUGUCAGCUAACUUUGGCUGUUAGCUUAGCAUUAUAUUUGCUUGAAAAGGUUAAAAGUAGCUAUUAUCAGGUAACUUUGUUUACUAGCCUAGUAAUGACCAUUAGCUUGGAAUUGUUAUUGCUAGUCAAUGUCUGUUAAUUUUGGAUACUAGUCUAGCAUGACAUUUACUUGAGGUGGCUAAUAGUAGCUAUUGUCAGCUAACUUCAGCUGCUAGCCUGAUAUAACUAUUCGCUUGAGAUGACUACUACUACUACUACUACUAGUUGAGCUAAUUUUGGCUGACACCAGGGUUUAAUGCGACCAUUAGCUUCAGAUGGCUAAUACUUGCUCAUAUAUUCAUUAGCCUGAAGGAGUUAAUACCAGUUAACAUUAGCUAACUUUAUCUCCUACAAUCCCCGAAAAGCUUUGAAAAGUUGUACUUUUAUCUAAAUUUACACUUUUCUGCAUUGGUUUAUACUUUUGUCACAGUUGAACUGAAGUUGUAGCUGGUGGAUAGGGGCCAAAAUUAUUUUUGUGAUAUUAAUUACUCUGACAAAUUAUCAUAAUCAAUGUCACCACUUUGUUUCUUUUCAGUUUAUCAGUUGUCAAAGUGUGACUGAUUAUUCUUUUACCCAAUUUCUAUUGUGAAUAUGUAAUGUUACAAAAAAACAGAUUGUAUGAAUGAGUGAAUGUUAAAUGUGGAAAAAAGUUUACAAUCAUCAAGUAAACAUGUAAAAUUUGUACUGGACAUCUUUGACAUUUUGCUAUAUGUGCACCACCACAACAAAGUAUCACAAUCUCUCUCAUAAACAUUUUGUGCGACACCUUUUUAACACACAAAAUGCUUCUCAGCAGACCUUCUAGAGGAACUCAAGAAACUACUGAUGGAGAAUUUGUAAAAUGCUGAGGAGGAAUUUGUAGUUGUGGGGGUGUAAAACAUGUAAAAGCACAAGUAUUAUCCUUUCACAACCACCAGGGUACGUUACAUUUGUUGUUGUUGUUUACUUUGGCAGAUACACAUUAUAUUUUUAACGCCACUGAAUAUUAAAUAUGUUUCACAGUUGGAUGUGCUAUGUUUUUUGUAUCUAUAUUUGAAAGGCCUGAUGAAGGUCUAGUCUGAAAUGUUGCAAUUAAAUAUAAAGUCUGAAAGUC